AUGAACCAGUUGACCGUCGUUAGCUUCGACAUAGAGAAGAACAAGACGGAUUCAACAAAUGUCCACACAGACAUCAAGUCCGUAGACCUACCGUCCGCGCCCAAGCCACCAACGGCGAAACCUCCGACCAAACCUAAGAAGAAAGUUUCCAAGUGGAUUCUCUGGCAGCUAUGGUUCAACACCUACAGGAAACUGUUCGUCUUCACCGUGACGCUCAACAUGAUUGGCCUUGGUCUAGCGGCUGGCGGUGUGUGGCAAUACGGCCUACGGUAUAAUAGUGGUAUCGCACUUGCGAAUAUCAACGUCGCUAUCCUCGUCAGGAACGAGAUUUUUGGUCGACUACUCUAUCUCUUUGUUAACACGUUUUUCGCCAAGUGGACCCCGCUAAGAUUUCGUCUUGCUUGUACCUCGGUCCUCCAGCAUCUGGGUGGUAUUCAUAGCGGAUGUGCCACUUCCGGGAUCAUAUGGAUUCUUCUCAAAGUUGUCCGUAACUUCGUGGCUCACAAUUCUCAAAACGACGCUAUAUUGGUGUUUGGCGUUGUCACCAACCUCGCUCUGGUGAUCACCGCCAUGGCGGCUUUCCCUUGGGUUCGGAAUAACCAUCAUAACGCUUUUGAACGCCCUCAUCGAUUCGUCGGCUGGACGGGUAUUGUCCUCACAUGGGUCUUUACUAUCCUCGGCGAUUGCUGGGAUGAAGACACCCAGUCGUGGGACGUCAGCGGCAAACACAUCGUCCGUCAACAAGAUUUCUGGUUCGUGAUGGGUAUGACUAUCUUCACCGUCACUCCGUGGGCUUGUACACGUCAUGUCAAGGUUGACAUUGAGUUGCCUUCACCAAAGGUUGCAAUCCUCCGGUUUGAACGUGGUAUGCAACAAGGUUUGCUCGCUCGUAUCAGUCGGUCCGCUGUCAAGGAAUACCACGCUUUUGGUGUGAUCUCAGAAGGGAGACAUGCAAAAUAUCAUUACCUCAUCUGCGGUGUCCAAGGCGACUUUACCCGCAGUCUUGUAAAUGACCCUCCAGAGAGGAUCUGGACGAGGGAGUUGAAGUUCGCCGGUGUGUCGAAUACGUCUACGCUCUACAAAAGGGGGAUCCGUAUCUGCACGGGUACUGGUCUGGGUGCCGCACUUGCGACUUGCAUUCAAAGUCCCAACUGGUCAAUCUUAUUGCCAGGCUCUGACCAGGAGAAAACUUUCGGCCCAACAAUCUCGGGUCUCAUCCAUCGUCAUCUCGAAGGUCGCGUCCUGCUUUGGGACAGUAAGCAGCGCGGCGGACGUCCAGACACCAUGAAAAUUCUGAAGGAAGUGUGGGAUUCGUGGCAGGCUGAAGUGGUGUUCAUCACGUCGAACUAUCAAGGCAAUGCAGAGAUCACGCAGGGAUGUAAGGAGGCUGGUAUUCACGCAUUCGGAACGUUGUGGGACUUCGUAAGUUUUUCUCAUCUGUACCGAGAACGACUUGCGAUUAAUUCAUUCGAUUAUGGCACACAGUAA